CAUUCCACCUUUCACUGUAUAAAAUAAUAAAAAACGCCACAAUCUUCAACAUCCAUGUCUGUCAUCCAUUCAAUCCCCACGUCAAAAGCCAAACACACCUGUCAUUUUACCUGUCUCUCCCUUCCCACUUCCUCCAAGACGCAUAUUUUUUCCUUAGAUCUUUCUCUUGCUGUUUGAUGAGCCGCAGGGUGGCCAAAGAGCUUCAGCGAGCCAGAAACAAAGCUUCAAGCACCCAAGGCUUAAAUUAAAACCCCCUGUAGUAAUUUAAGUCCUCUGAUGAUCAUUGCCUCUCAGACGCCACAGCUAAUGAAGAUUUUUUCCAUGCUUCUGUUUCUGCUAUCUGUUCUCUCCCUACUCUCGCAACCUUCUGACUCCACAACAAUGCUCGUAGACGGUUUUUCGGAGUGGAAAGAUCCUAAUGUUUAUAUAGGAGACUCCAUCAUUUUCAAACACAAGUAUAGCUACAAGUUGUACAUUUUCCAGAACCAAAGAGCCUUCAGCCUCUGCAACUUCACUCAAGCUACGCUUCUCACCAAGCCCAAUUCCACCUCUUACACGUGGCACCCAUCACGCCCUGGUUUCUUCUACUUCACAUUCAACAACGGCUCUCUAAAAUCCUGCAACCAAGAUUCACAAAAAGUCUCCAUAAAAGUCUCUCCAUCACCACCGCCACCAGUACAGCUCCCUCCAAUGGCAUCAACUCCAGUUCCAGCACCAAUUCCAGGCGACAUUACGGCAUCUCCUCCUGCGUGGCCUUCCUCUUCCCCUGCUCCUGCACCUAGCGGUAGUGCUGCAGGCUCUCCAAUGGAAACAGUGCCAACAUCAAUGCCAGAUAAAAGUGGCGGUAGUGGCAUCCCUUUUAUUAAGAGCAAUCCUGCUGUUCCUUUGCCUACUGGUGAAAUUGAUUCUGCGACUAUUAGGCCAUUGCCCACCUCCGGCCAUCAUCAACCGGUGGCAGUGGGGUUACUUGGAUUUCACGGGCCUGUAAUUUGCGCUGCUUUUCUGCUGCCGUUGCUGUAAAACAGAGGAGGGACAAAGCAAUCCGAUGCGAGUUGUGUAAAAAAACAUGGGUUGUGAGUAGUAUAUAAUUUAUGCAUAGUUAAAAAGAGUCUAACGAUGAUUAUGUGUUGUUAUGACCCUACCUUGGAAUCAUCGGCUCUCUUCCGCUUUUGCUUUUUGACAUGCAAUCGAUUGCCACUCCUUUUUCUUUCCUCACUUUGUAUAUUUUAACGGAAUUUGAAGCUCC